CAGUCCUCUAGGGGGCCUGCGCUCUCCACCCGCCUCCUGGCUGAAAGCGGCAGUCAGUCAGUCAGAGCCAGGUUCUCGGGCCGGACCUCGCGGAGCCAAGCAGGCGGGCGGGGGGCGAGUGCAGCGUGAGGAACCCAGGAGUCCGGGUCUCCCCCCUGCAGAGCCGCCAUGUCGGAGGGCGAGAAACUCAACUUGGACUCCAUCAUCGGGCGGCUGCUGGAAGUGCAAGGGUCCCGACCUGGCAAGAAUGUGCAGUUGACGGAGAGUGAGAUCAGGGGCCUCUGCCUCAAGUCACGGGAGAUCUUCCUGAGCCAGCCUAUCCUGCUGGAACUGGAAGCACCACUGAAGAUCUGCGGUGACAUCCAUGGGCAGUACUAUGACCUGCUGCGGCUCUUCGAGUACGGCGGCUUCCCACCUGAGAGCAACUACCUCUUCCUGGGCGACUAUGUGGACCGGGGGAAGCAGUCGCUGGAGACCAUCUGCCUCCUGCUGGCCUACAAGAUCAAGUACCCUGAGAACUUCUUCCUGCUGCGCGGCAAUCACGAGUGUGCCAGCAUCAACCGCAUCUACGGCUUCUAUGAUGAGUGCAAGAGGCGCUACAACAUCAAGCUGUGGAAGACAUUCACCGACUGCUUCAACUGCCUGCCUAUUGCUGCUAUUGUGGACGAGAAGAUCUUCUGCGGCCAUGGAGGACUCUCACCAGACCUGCAGUCGAUGGAGCAGAUCCGCAGGAUCAUGCGCCCCACAGACGUGCCAGAUCAGGGCCUGCUGUGCGACCUCCUCUGGUCCGACCCCGACAAGGAUGUCCAGGGCUGGGGCGAGAAUGAUCGUGGCGUCUCCUUCACCUUCGGCUCUGAGGUGGUUGCCAAGUUCCUGCACAAACACGACCUGGACCUUAUCUGUCGGGCACACCAGGUGGUGGAGGAUGGUUACGAGUUUUUUGCCAAGCGCCAGCUGGUGACGCUCUUCUCAGCCCCCAACUACUGUGGCGAGUUUGACAACGCAGGCGCCAUGAUGAGUGUGGACGAGACGCUCAUGUGCUCCUUCCAGAUCCUGAAACCGGCUGAUAAGAACAAGGGCAAGUAUGGGCAGUUCAGCGGCCUGAACCCUGGCGGCCGCCCUGUCACACCCCCGCGCAACUCGGCCAAGGCCAAGAAGUAACUGGCUACUCCCCCUGCCCUACUCCAUGGACUGGGGUCCCCCCUCACUGCCCUGCCCCUGGCUCUCUGCACAGAGGGGCUCUGCUGUCCAGUGCCUGCCCUGCCUGCCUGGGGCAGAGCUGAAUUAUUAUUUUUAAACUCCUGGAGUUUGAUACCAAAAAUCCUGCUCUGGGGAGAGGGGGCCAGGGAGGGCUCUUGAUUUUUGGGGAGUGGGUUUAAUCUUUUUGGAUCAAGUCCAUUUUGCCAGUUGAGCCCCCCACCCCUCCCCCUAAUGCUGAGAUGAUUUCUUUUUGAAUAAAUAUUUACCAGAAAUUCUUA